CCAGAUGCCCCCUGGGUGCCCUCCGUCCAGCACGGGCGCCCCGAGGAGGGACUCGGGGCUUCUGGGUCCCCGGCCACCGCCCGGGCCGCGGUCUGCUCCGGCUUGUCCCCGCCGCACCCAUCCGGCCCAAUUUUCAAGUCCAGACCACUCCCAGUUCACACUGUUAAGAAGCGCUUCGGCAGUUUCCCACCGCAUUUGCCACCAGGCGGGCCACUACGCAGCUACGGACGCCACGUGGUCACUCGAGUGACCAACGGGUGGCCACGCAUUCUUCGGAGCCAACCUCUGCUUUCACCUGUAAAACUAAAAAACAAACCCCAAACAGGCAAAACGCAUGAGCGGCAGGCGCAGCAACACAAGAACAGAGGCAGUGCAGGCGGGCGGCUGCGCUCUCGCUGUCUCUGGAUCGCCCUGGCGCAGCUCCGCCCGGGAAGGGGGCGGUGAGGAGACCGGAAGCGCGCGGCGGCCGCCCCGCUCCGCCCCGGAGGCCGGUCCUGCCCAGCCACUCGCCGGGAGCCGGCGCGCCUGCCCGAGCCUUACUGAAGCGAUAACACAGUUUCUGGCCGGCGUGUCACCCCGGGAUACUUGUGCAGGACAGGUCUCAGCAGAGGGCCACCUCGGGCGAAAUGGCACUCGUGCCCUAUGAAGAGGCCGCUGGAGUGGGGCUCCAGAAAUUCCACAAGCCCUUUGCCACCUUCUCUUUUGCAAACCACACCAUCCGGGUGCGGCAGGACUGGCGGCAACUGGGAGUCGCAGCAGUUGUUUGGGAUGCGGCUGUCGUUCUGUCCACGUACCUGGAGAUGGGCGCUGUGGAGCUCAGGGGCUGCUCUGCCGUGGAGCUGGGUGCCGGCACGGGGCUGGUGAGCAUCGUGGCUGCCCUGCUGGGUGCUCAUGUGACUGUCACGGAUCGAAAAGUAGCAUUAGAAUUUCUUAAAUCAAACAUUCAAGCCAACUUACCUCCCCAUGUCCAAACCAACACUGUUGUUAAGGAGCUGACUUGGGGACAAAAUUUGGAGAGUUUUUCACCUGGAGAAUUUGACCUGAUACUUGGAGCUGAUAUCAUAUAUUUAGAAGAAACAUUCACAGAUCUUCUUCAGACACUGGAAUAUCUUUGUAAUGAUCACUCUGUGAUUCUUUUAGCUUGCCGAAUUCGCUAUGAACGGGAUAACAACUUCUUAGCGAUGAUGGAGAGGCAGUUUACUGUGAGUAAGAUUCACUAUGAUCCUGAAAAAGACGUACAUAUUUACAAAGCACAGAAGCAAAGCCAGAGGGAGGACUUAUAGUUGGGUAUACUUUAUAAGAAUAUUGGCCCUAAGAAGGUCAAUUAAGGUCUUAGACUGAGAAUCUAACCAUCUUUAAUGCAGUGGCUUACUGUACAAGUCUGUCUGAAGAAUGCUCUCAAGGGACAAAGCACAUGUGCAGUUUUAAAACAGAGCAGAGUUUUGUUCCAUUGUGAUUCUUUGUCAUGUUUUACUGCACUGAAAUCUAGUUAACGUUAAAGUGUGAGAUUUUGGGUUAUGCAGUAUCCUUUGCUGCUCCACCUUGAUAAAAUUUUCACUGAUAUGAUGAAGGGCUGGUAUAAAGAUGUCUUUGUUUUGGUGAGGUUAAGUCAUAAGCCUAUUAACAUUCUGAGAUAUAUCCCAGUUUUCUAAUUUUCUGAAUAUAAGAGGUUUAAUCUGAGCUUUUAGUGCUCUUGCCCCAUUUAGGUCUUAAACACUUUUUGAUUGUUGAGAUUAGGAUGGGAGUUUCCUGGGAUUCGUGUUCUGUUUUUUGGCUUAAUUUCAGGUGGAAGUAUAUAAACAAAGCAAUAAGUAAAAAUUUGAGUUACUUUUUGAAAGCAUCUAAAGCCUUGGACUAGAAUGUGUUACCUUCUUCAAAUCAGAAGUUGUUGUUUUUCCCUUCAGCUUUGCGUUUCUCACAUUUCUGUAUAUAUUUCCUAAGCCAGUGAUAGCGAACCUUUUAGAGACCAAGUGCCCAAACUGUAACCCAGAACCCACUUUAUUUAUCACAAAGUGCCAAGACUGGAAAUAACCCUGAAUAGCUGAUGCUCAGCUGCUGUGUGUGCCCACCGGAGCGUACAUGCUAUAGGUUCACCACCACUGUCUUAGGCUUUCCCUGGCUCUUUUCAACCCUUCUCAAGAAGCUAGCCCCAAGCUCAAGCUCCUUCCAUCCAUGUGGUACCUACAGCUGCUUACUCAGUGUGGGUAUUCCUGGUGGGCUUCGAGCUUCUAGAGGGCCAGAAGGUUCCUGCCUCUUUCAUUGCCUUCUCAGCAUCUAGUGUAUCACAGCCAAAUAAUGAAAAAAGAUAUAUUCCAGUUAGAGAGUAUUGACUUUGGGUUAAAUGACUGCUAUGCUGUUUUAUGAUUAUCUUUCAUAGACUUUAUGAAGUUCCUACGUAUGAACUUUUCCUUUUACAUUGUCAAAGUUUAAAUGUAGUUUAAACAAAUUUAGGCCACAAGAUUAUAAUUUCAUAUGGUAUUUGCACUAAAGAGAUUUGUUUACAAGUUAUUAAAAAUAAGACUUUAUCCCCUUAUCCUCUUUAAUCUUUUAAUGAAUAUUUUGUAAGUGGGAAUACCUAAUGUUAUUUUCUACAUACAUGUAUUUAUUUAUUUUUGGGUAGAUUUUGAAACAGGGUUUCAUUUUGUAGUUCAGGCUGGCCUGAAACUCUUGGCGAUUCUCCUGCCUCAGUCUUCCAAAUGCUAGAUUACAGGCAUGUGCCAAUACACUUGGCUUAAGUGUACUUGUUUUGCCCUUAAAUACAUAAAUGUACAGUGGACUCUUGAGUUACGACUGGCCUGACAUACGAACAACUUGGAUUAUGACUGGAAUUUUAGUUUUAACUUACAACCAAAGUCUUGAGUUACGACCUGAAUGCCAGCUAUUUGUACUUCCAGACGGUCUCAGAUACAGAUUUAACCCUUAAAGAGUUCUGGAAGGAACAUUACAACAUCCUUUCCUGUGUGGGGUUAAUUGAGAAAUCCCAGGCCAAUAUCUGAGGAAACUGAGAUCUGCCUGUAUACAGGAGAGAGACUUUGAAGGCUGUGUAGAGGAGCCUGAGCCUUCAUUGACCAACUUGAGUUACAACUAGCUCUUGAGAAUGAACUGAGUUCAUAGCUCAAAAGUCCAUGGUAGUCCAAACCUAUUUUACUAAGCCUUGACUUUCAUACCGUUCCAUUUCUUUAACAUUUAUGCAGUUAAGUAAUCCAGUGGAUACCAGUACCUCUCCUCUAAUAUCAAAUAUUGCUGUUAAGACACUAUCUUAAAAUAUAUGUAUGAUACAAGAUUAUUAGAACUCCGCUAGAAAGGAUGCUGUUGUUCUCUGGCAGUUCCCUCUUAAGGAUAGCUUGCUUUAGAUCUUGAUAGAACUACUUGAAGCUGGUAUCAUCUUCAGGUAGUUUCUAACAUUUUACACUAAAGGGUCAGAUUUCUGACCCAUCAAAAUACUUUAGCUGAACACUAGAUAUUUUAGGGCAAAAUACAGUAUUGUCUGGAAUGUUUAUCUCAGCAAAUACAACUUAUGCUCUGGAAGAUUAGGGUACUUUAGGAAGGAGGAAUGGAUCCUCAGCAAUACUAAAAUAACAUUCUCAGUAACAAAAUCAUGUUAAUUUAUGUUAAGAUCCACUUCCACCAAGCCAUACUAUGUUUUUUUUUUUUUUUUUAAUGGUGGUGCUGGGAAUUGAACCCAGGGCCUUGUGAAUACUAGGGAAGUGCUCUACCACUGAGCUACAUCCCUAGCUCCCAAUUGCAUACUUUAUGGGUCGCAUUUGCUACCAGUUCUUAAAUUAACAAAAUAAGACUUUUAUGUAUAAAGUUCUUAAAAAUUCUAAUGUAUUCAAUAUUGGUAAAUGCAGCUAGAUAUAGGGCUUGACUUGAGUUGGUGAAACAGAUACGAUUAAUUUUAGUGUUAGAUAAACCAAUCAUAAUCUUACUGUUCCCCAUAACCCUCCAUGUAGAGUGAAGUAGCACUUUCAGGAUUUUUUUUUUUUUUAAAACAAGAAUGAGUUACCCUGCAGAGCGCUGCCCUGGGAAGCUGGAGACCAUGUUCUCUUCGCACCCACAUGAACAGCAUGAAGUCUGGACAGUCCUCAGAUGAUUUACUUUAAAAUCUAAGGAUUUCCUUGUUAGCUGUUAAGUCUUCUGCUCUAAAAGCACAAUAUACUUUUCUGUCUACAACCAUGGGUUAAAACUUUAGUAACACUAGAAAAGAUGGAAUUUUGAAAAAUUGGAUCAGUGAGAAAAUAGUUGAGGGAGAUUAGAAAGGAAAAUAGUACUAACAGGAGCAAAAGGGAAGUUAUCUACUUUAUAACCUUGUAUAAAACUGGUUCUGCUAUUUCUAAUUUUUCUUUCUAAAAACAAGAUGAAGUUUGACAUUAAAAAAUACUAACCAACAUAAGUUAACAAAAACAGCAUAUCAGGUUCUUAAUGCUUAGGAAACAAUCCGCAAUAUGAAGAAAACAGUACUUCAAAAAUAAUUUCUAAUUCUUAGUAUCUGUCCUGAAGAUAUAUAAGCUUGUACAAACACUAACUCCCCUGUAUCUAAUAUAUAUGUGUAACCAUCAAAAGUUUAAAACAACCUAAUAGAAACAGUUUAUAAUCCAAGGGAAGAGAGACUGUACACUUGUGUGCACAGUUGAGAUUGUCACUAAAAACAUGUACAAGAAAUUGCUUUUUUACUGUUUGCCUAAUGUUAAGACUAGUUUUUUUUUGUUUUGUUUUUUUAACCAAUGUACUUUAAAUAAAAUCCAGUUAAACAGUGGA